ACUUGGAAUGAGUUUUCUUCGUGAGGUGGAGAGCUUUAAAGCAGAAAAGCUAAAAUCGGUAAAUACAACAGUCACUACAGCAGAGGGAAGGAAGUUUCUAGAGCUCAAGAGUGGAGAUGGAGGUAUCGUCACUGUAGAUACUGGAGAACACAGCUUAGGAUUUUGUGAGGACCUCUCACCAGAUGACAAGCUUUACAAAGUACUGGACAACUUAUUUAUAAGCUCACAAGAUGGAGCCAGAAACUUGGAGGAACUUCAACAAAAUAACAUAACUCACAUAUUAAAUGUUGGAACAGGAAUAGAGAAUGCCUUUCCAAAGGAGUUUGAUUACAAGACUGUUGAGGUACUGGAUUUGCCAGAAACUCCCAUUUGCCAAUACUUCCCAGGGAUGUUUGAUUUUAUCCAAAAUGGCUUGGAAAGUGGUGCAGUGCUUGUUCACUGCAAUGCUGGUGUUUCUCGUUCUGUGACUGUCGUUCUUGGCUACUUGAUGUCUUCAAAAAGAUUGCCACUGGAAGAGGCUUUGAAGAUUGUUAAAAAAGCCAGACCAAGUGCAAAACCUAAUGUAGGAUUCCUUCAUCAACUAGAAGACUACCAGACAAGGCUUCAUCUUCAUUAAAAGAACACAAGAAACAAUAUCCUAAUAUUAAUAUAAGUGAUUGUAAAUAUAUGAAAAUAAUGUUUGUGAACUGCGUGUAAGAAAUGAAUAGGAAAGUGGUCUUUGUAGUAAUGAACACUACUUAAGCAGUAGUGAAAAUAAGACCUAAAAAAAAUUCAGGCCUGUAUGGGAUUUGAAGCCGAGUUCUCUGUGAUACCAUACUGUGAUGCAGUGCUCUACUAACUGAGCUAACAUGCCAACUGGGAGCUUGUCAUUAUUUUUGGUUUGUAACAAACCGGUGAAGUGAGUUAUGAUAUCACAGCUUGAACAUUUCUUUGAACAGUUUAGGAUAAUUACCGUAAUUUCCGGUCGUUUACCCGCGGGUAAUCUGUUGAUUUUGCAUUAAACGCGCGCCACUGCGGGUAAUAGGGAGGUGCGGGUUAUGUGACAAUUUUAAAAUCUAGUGGUAGUUGAAUUGAAAAAAAUUAUCACCAACAUGCGUUUCCACCUCUCAAGUGAAUUUUAUUGUAUUAAUAGUGCCGCAAAGCGGCACGAAAACAUGAUACCGACUCGAGUUUAUUUCACGCACGAAUAAAUUGCGACGAACAAAUUGCUAUCGGCACACGUGAAAACAAAACCUUGAUGGUGACAAAAAUUAUCCAAAGAUAUCCGGCGCAUCAGUAACAAAUUUCCAUUUAACACUAGCUUGAGCUAAAGAGAAUUUUCCUGUUUUAAGGGACUUGUUAGGCCCAAUAGAACCGGAGAUAUCGAUUUUUUUUCAAAUAUCGCCGACAGUACUUUAUAAUUCAAGUUUUAAUACUCACCCAGCUUUUUUUCAACAAAUCAACAUGGCGCUGAACGAUCGCUCGCACAAAAUGUGGCCACAAAUUUGCAUUCUGUCAAGUAUGAAACGUUGAGAUUUGGGCAUGGGCCGCUAGUGUUUUUACUGUAUAAUCUUAUCAAUAACGUACAUGCUAAUAUUGACACAGA